UGAAGAGGAUCAAAUUGUUAUGCGAAAUGAGUGGAGAAGAGUUUUGAGCUUUGAUACUUUUCCUGAUCACCAAUCAGUGAGUACCAUUCGCCUUGCCCGGUCGGGAUUUUAUUACACAGGUAGAGGGAGUCUUUGUCGUUGUACUUUUUGUGGCUAUGAACAAAGUAACUGGACACAAGAAUAUUUUCCAUUUCAUUGUGAUGAAAAUUUUAGGAGGGAAACGAACGAACCGAUUUAUCAUGACCUCGAAGGAAAUAUUUCUGCUGAUAAUGAUUUAUCAACACAAUUUAAUCAAGCCCCUUCAUCCCAGGCAGAAUGUAUUUCUUUUUCAGCAAGUACACAUUCUUUUAAUCGCCUCUGGGAAGGAAUAGGUGCUUCUUUUCGGGGACAAUCUCUAAAUAUUAACCCUCCUCAGAACGAUCCUGAUGUCUUCACCUGGCUCAGAAUACAAACCUUAGACUCUCUUACUUCCGGUCACCAGCCUCAUUUCAGAGAAAGCAAUUCAACCAUUUACCAACAUUUACGAAUUUGUGAAGAGACAAACUCUCGGUUUUUAUCGUCAGAAAAUAGCAAUGUUACCUCAAAUCAAUCCACAAGGGACAUGAUAGAGAGCAAAAUUCCCAUAAAUGAAGGCAAUGGUAUAUGUUCUCCAGGGGAAGAAAAUAACCAGUUAUCACAGGAACAGACAAGUCGGGUUUUGCAUCCAUCUGUCAAUAAACCGUUAUUAAUACAGAACUCAAGAAAAAAGCCUAAACAGAUGGAGAAUAAAUCUGAAAAUAAACUUGAAGUUGCUGCAUCUGAAACUAGCAAUAGUUCUCAUAGUUCUACAUCUACACAAGAGUCAAAUCAUAUGAAAUCAGAAUCUGAGGAUUAUGCAAAUAGCCUGCGGCAGCAUGGGCUAAAUCGAAGAAGUCUAGACUCGGUUGAUUUAAGUGGUUUUGAUCAAGGACAAAGUCUUGAUAUAUCUGGUUCAUUUGAUUCUUUAGAUCAUGGCACGAGGAAGUCUAACAAUCUGUCAGAUUAUGGAAUACUUAGAAGAAAAGACCAAGAUAUUCUAGGACAAAAAUGUCCUCCAAUGAGCCGAUCUGUGAGGAAUACACAAGACAUACCACAAACAUUUACAGAAAGGUUGGCAACAUUUCACAACUGGCCACCCUACUUAAGACAGCGCCCGAUGGAUUUGGCGGACUCUGGAUUUUAUUACACAGGACGAAUUGAUUGUGUGCGUUGUCCAUUUUGUAACAUCAGUUUGAAGCAAUGGGAGUCAAGUGAUAUACCAUUGGAGGAACACGCUAGGCAUUCUCCAGAGUGUAAAUUUGUCCAGCAAUACCGUCAAAGACAACAGGACCAGGAUUUAGAAAAUCAACAAACAACAAGGGAAACCAUUACACUGGAUCAUGUAAAACAUCUGGAUUCUUUAAAAGAAGUGCUCGAUUUCUCUUUUAAUAUUGACGACAUUCUUCGAGCUUACAACACGUUAUCCCAAGCACUUGACAUUCGAGAUUUGACGUCUACAGACAUACUGGGGUUCUUCUUUGAGGCUGACCAGGAGGAGGAGGAAGCCUUCAGUGGAGACAGCUGUGUGUGCUGCAUGUGUUGUGAUCGUGUAGUGUGUGUAAUGUUCCUACCAUGUCGUCAUGGAUGUUGUGAAGAAUGUGAACAUGAAGCAGAGCAGUGUCCCUACUGUUCUCAGUACAUCAAAGCCGUGCACCGUGUGUAUGUUGGGUAGAAAGUAACCCCAUACAUAAAAGAGGAAAAGAAAAUGUAAUCAUCGAGAAAAAUUAUUGCAUUUGUUUUCAAAUCUUUUUUAUCAGGUCAAUAACAAUGUCAUUUUAAAGGCAGUAAAUUACAUUUUUCGGAGCAUUGAUAAAAAACACUAGAUAUUAAACUACAGUUUAUGUAAUGUUUUUCAGUUGAAUUCUUUGCUAACUGUUCAUUAUUCUUUUUAUGUGUGAAACAUAUGGUCAGCAGGGGAUGCUCACUCCUCCAUGUUACCUGAUACCACCUCUGAUGUUUUGGAGGUCCUGUUUGGUCUGCUCAUACUUUGUAUUGUUAUAUGUACUUUUGAACUUAAAUACUGUUAUGUCCAUAUGUUUCAUGGAGAUAACGAACACUCCAAAUAAAAAGAGCGAUAACUCAAAUUCAAAUUUCAGUAGUAUUUCAUAAAUCAUUACUAAAAUUAUAAUUUGACUGUAAUGUUCAUGGCACAUGUACAGUUAUAAACUUUGGGGUCGUAGCAUCUAUAUAAAAGAUUUAUAUGUUCAACAUGUCGCCUUUUGAUAGAUAAGUUAUUUGUACAAAAUGAAGCAUAAUUUAAGCAUGUCUAUUGUAAAUGUCAAAAUAAGAAAUUUUUGAUUCAGAAUAUGUUAUUGUUAUUGAGGCAGUUUUUAAUGUGUGCAUUUUCCCUCGAGUGGUUUUAUUGAAUUUUAACAUAUGUGUAAUACUAGAGGAUUUUUAUUUAUAUGUUAUAUACUUACCAAAAAAAUCCAACGAAAAACUCAUUCUUAUGCAUUUUUCUGUAUUUGAUUUUUUUUUAAUUUUUUGUAAUCAAAAUCAAUUUAUAGAUUUUGAUUUUCAGUGAACAUGAAAAAACAUUUUUGCAAUUAUGUCGAUUUAUAUAUGAAACAUGUCCCGUAUGGUUAAUAUGUUUCAAUUGAAAUAAAUAUAUUACAUAAAUAUUUUUGUUUUUUUUUAAAUUUAAUUUGAUUUUAAGAGGGUAAUGUAAGCUGUUUUCCUUUUAUGAUGAAUGUACAUAGUAAUAAAAAAGACAUUGUACAUAAUUAAAUGUAUCAAAGGUUUGCUAAAGGCUACAAUACUAAUAAAGAAAAAUGCGACGAUAAUAUUUAAUAUUUUUAAUAAUGUGUUCCUAACAAAGCUAUUGGCUUUUCAAGUAUAUUUGUCAGCAUUUACAUUAACUAACGGGACGUCAAACACUG